CCCUUUCACCACGCGCAGUGGAUUUUCCCGCGAAGACGGGUCUGUCCGCAGAGCUGCUCCGAGCCCAGCGUUGAUGGAGACUCUCGGCGCCUAAUUUGAGACGUAAAACCGCUUUACUUUGACGAGUCAUGGCGAAACAAAGCUCCAUUUUCAACUUCUUUACUAAAUCUCCGCCUCCCGUGGCCAAGGCCAAGCCUAAUCCGUCUCCGGCCGAGGCAGAUUUGCCGUCUUCGGUCUCCAAAUCCAACACGUCCCCGAAGGAGGAGGCUAAACACGCAGCCCAGAACAACGGCAGGAAGAACACCACAAAACCCGACAAGACCUCGGCUAAAGCUGGACAUGCCAAACUGUUCGGAGAAAAGGCCGUGACUCCUAAGCUGAGCUCUUCAUUUCCUUUUCAUGCGGGUGAUCUGGUGUGGGCAAAGCUAGAAGGACACCCAUGGUGGCCCUGUAUGGUCGUGCCCCAUCCCCUGAAUGGACAGCAGAUGAGGGGUAAAGGUCGAGAUCAGAGAAUGCACGUACAUUUCUUUGAUGAGCCGCCAACAAGAGGCUGGGUGAGGACUCAGUACGUUCGGGAAUACAAAGGUUCAGACAGCAGUGAUGCCAAAACGGGUGGUGUGUUCUUCAGCGGCAAACCUGUGAUCCGUAGAGCAAUGGAACUGGCAGACCAGGUGCUGCAGGACAGUCCUGAGCAGAGACUGAAGAUGCAGGUCUGCAUGGACGCCUCAGACGAGGAAGAGGAGAAUGAGGAAGAGAUGGAGGUUGAAAGGUCAACGCUGUCUGAUGAAGAGAUGUCAGGAGAAGAGCCUGAGAAGGUGAAGCCAAACAGACGCUCAUCACGUACCUCAGCAGAGAACGGUCAGAAGCCUAAACGCCGGCGCAUUGUGGUGGCGUCUGACAGUGAUGGCUCAGACGAAGAGUUCAAGCCUGAUCAAGCAGGAGGCAGCAGUGAUGAGGACGAUGAAGAUGGCGACAGCAGUGGUGUAGAGGAGGAGGAAAAAGAGAGUACGCCUGAAUCUGAACCAGACAGCCCUGUGAAACCUGCAAAACGGAAACGUGUGUCAGAGAAGCCAGCCAAAGCAAAGAACAAACCUGUACCCUCAGAGAUCCUCAAAAGAGCUCCCGCGAGCCUUCCGUCUCUUGCAGCUGACACAAAGUCACGCCUGUCAGCAUUUUCCGCUCCGGACAGCUUUGAGAGUCAGGGAAGUGGUGGGGCAGGAGGUGUGGAAGGGCAUGGAGUGUGGGACCAUGAAAAACUGGACUGGCUGCAGGAUGGCAAGAGGAAGGAUGCUCGGAGGAGGCGGCAGUCUGAUGAGGACUACGAUCCCACCACCCUAUUUGUGCCUGAGGACUUCCUUAACAGGGUUACGCCUGGUAUGCGCCGCUGGUGGCAGCUUAAGUCGGAGAUGUUUGAUGCUGUUCUUUUCUAUAAGGUGGGCAAAUUCUAUGAGCUCUAUCACAUGGAUGCUGUGAUCGGCGUCAACGAGUUGGGGCUUACCUUCAUGAAAGGCACUUGGGCACAUUCUGGAUUCCCUGAGAUAGGCUUCAGCCGUUUCUCUGAUGUGCUUGUGCAAAAAGGUUACAAGGUGGCCCGUGUGGAACAGACAGAGACCCCUGAAAUGAUGGAAGCGAGAUGCAAGACCAUGGCACGUCCCACCAAAUUUGACAGAGUUGUUCGGCGAGAGGUUUGCAGAGUGAUUACGAGGGGCACGCAGACAUACAGUGUGCUUGAUGGUGCCCCUUCUGAGGCCCAAAGCAAGUACCUACUGUCUGUGAAAGAGAAAAAUGAGGAGGAAAGUGCAGGCCACGGCCACAUCUAUGGAGUCUGUUUCAUUGACACCUCAGUGGGUCGCUUCCAUGUAGGUCAGUUCCAAGAUGACCGCCACUGUUCUCGUCUACGUACUCUGGUUGCACAUUACGUGCCAGCCCAGGUGCUGUUUGAGAGAGGCAACUUGUCAGCUGAGACACGGAAGAUCUUCAAGGCUGCUUUGUCCUCACUUAUGCAGGAGGGUCUCAAUGCUGGUUCACAAUUCUGGGAUGCUCAAAAGACCUUGAAGACUUUGGCAGAAGAAGACUACUUCAAAGAAAGCCAGGAAGCAGGUGGCAAUGUAGAGGAAUCGGCUCUUCCGAGUGCUCUAAAAACAAUGACUUCUGAGAGCGACUCACUGGGUCUCACUCCUAAAGAGGGUUAUGAACUUGCUCUUUCUGCACUGGGUGGUUGCAUAUUCUAUCUUAAAAAGUGUUUGGUGGACCAGGAAAUCCUUUCCAUGGCCAAUUUUGAAGAGUACAUUCCAGUGGAUGUGGAAAUGGAGCAGUCGGAGAGUGCAUCAAGUUUCUUCGCCCAGACUCAUCAACGCAUGGUUCUGGAUGGAGUGACACUUGCCAACCUUGAAAUCCUUCAGAAUGGUUCUAGUGGAGGCCUCGAAGGUACUCUGCUCGAGCACUUGGAUACCUGCUGUACUCCAUUUGGCAAAAGGCUUCUAAAACAAUGGCUCUGUGCUCCCCUCUGCAAUCCCAUUUCCAUUAACGAUAGAUUAAAUGCUCUUGAAGACCUAAUGGGUGCCCCAGCGCAAGCCCUUGAAGCUACAGAACUCCUGAAGAAGCUUCCAGAUCUUGAAAGGCUCCUCAGCAAGAUCCACAGUAUGGGUACUCCUUUGAAAGGACAAGACCAUCCAGACAGCAGAGCCAUUCUGUAUGAGGAGAUGGUCUACAGCAAACGCAAGAUUGCUGACUUCCUUUCGGCACUGGAGGGGUUUAAGGCCUUGCGGGAAAUAGUGUCGCUCAUGGAAUCCAUUUCAGACAGAUUUCAGUCUAAACUGCUGAAGCAGGUGGUGGUUAUGAAGACAAAGAGUGAGGAUGGACUGUUUCCUGACCUGACACCGGAGCUGAACCGCUGGGACGCUGCUUUUGACCAUCAAAAAGCUCGUACCACAGGAGUGAUCACGCCCAAGGCGGGCUUUGACCCAGAGUACGAUCAAGCCCUGAGUGGAAUCAAGGACUGCGAGAGAGGUUUGCAAGACUACCUAGAUCGACAGAAGAAAAGACUUGGCUGCAAAACUCUCUCCUAUUGGGGAACUGGAAGAAAUCGCUAUCAGAUGGAAGUUCCAGACAGUGUUUCUGAAAGGAACAUUCCAGAGGAGUAUGAGGUGAGGUCCACAAAGAAGGGCUGGAAGAGGUACUCAACAAAAGAGAUUGAGCGUUUGUUCUCAGAGUUGCAGAGCUGGGAGGAAAAGAGGGAUGCAGCGUUGAAAGACUGCAUGAGGAGGCUGUUCUACAACUUCGAUAAAAACUACAGAGACUGGCAGACUGCCGUGGAGUGCAUGGCUGUGCUCGAUGUGUUGCUGAGUUUGUCCCGGUACAGUCAGAGUGGAGAUGGGCCGAUGGCAAGACCGGAGAUAGUUCUCCCGAGUAGUAGCCCUCGGUCUUCACCUUUUUUGGACCUCAGAGGGUCCCGGCACCCUUGCGUCACCAAGACCUUCUUUGGUGACGACUUCAUCCCCAAUGAUAUCUUUAUUGGUUGUCCUGGCACUGAGGAAGAGGAGGGUGAAGAUGGCCAGCGUGCACAGGCCUCAUGUGUGCUUGUUACUGGGCCAAACAUGGGAGGCAAAUCUACACUAAUGAGACAGUGUGGCCUGGUGGUGAUCUUGGCUCAGUUAGGCUGUUAUGUACCUGCUGAAAGCCUGCGGCUCACUCCUGUGGACAGAGUCUUUACUCGUCUUGGUGCCUCAGAUCGCAUCAUGUCCGGCGAGAGCACUUUCUUUGUGGAGCUCAGUGAGACGGCCAGUAUCCUCCUUCAUGGGACCAACCACUCACUCGUCCUCCUGGAUGAACUGGGCAGGGGUACGGCCACCUACGAUGGCACAGCUAUAGCUAGCGCAGUGGUGAAGGAGCUGUCAGAGAGGAUCCGCUGCCGGACCCUGUUCUCCACGCACUACCACUCACUGGUGGAGGACCACGCCCAGGACCCUGCUGUGAAACUCGGUCAUAUGGCCUGCAUGGUGGAGAACGAGUGCGAGGACCCCAGCCAGGAGACCAUCACCUUCCUCUACAAGUUCAUCAGUGGAGCUUGUCCCAAGAGCUAUGGCUUCAACGCUGCCCGCCUGGCCAGUAUCCCAGAGGAGGUCAUCCAGUCUGGUCAUCGCAAAGCCCGCGAGUUUGAGAGGAGCACCGUGGCCCUGCGGGUCUUCAGGAAACUCUGUUCCUUUGCUGAGGAUCCCGUGGCUACUGGCGAACAGAUUGCCAAGCUGGUUCAGACACUCGGCCUCCUGUAAGGGAAACGAGUUACUCUCCCCAUGAGUUCUGUUCUACUGCAAAACAUUUUCACUGCUGACAUGAUCUAAUAAAGUUUAUUUUUAAAAAUGAA